GGGUCUCUCGUCUUCCUUCCCCGAGCGCUUCUUGUUGCAGGAGGCGGUGGCGGAGGAGGAGGCACCAUGGCCGGCUUGGAGCUGCUGUACAACUCGGUGGCGCCCGAGGUGGAUUGCGGGCAGGACGCCUUGCUUUGCUUCGUGCAUUGGAAGCUCAUUACGCGCGACUACCGCUGCCUGGGCACCGGGGACCAGGCGGCCGCCAACGAGAGGAAGUCGGAAAUGCUUCCUGCCGGCUGGAACGCGGACAAGGAACUCUACACUCUGCGCUACCGACUGAAGGACGAUUCCCACGACCUGCUGGUGAAGGCCAUUUUGAUGGACAACAGCAUCAUUCUCAACGUCAUGGAUCCCAAAACCCAGAAAGUGGCCGAUCUGACCUUGAAAGUGACCGACUUUGUGGAUCCAGAACAUCUGGCAGAUUUUGACAAGGUAUAUCGGAACGUGGAGGAGUUACAGAACCAGAUUGUCCAUCACAUACUCUCCCCGUUUGAAACCUCAAAGAGGCCAACCGGCGCCAAGGAGAAAGAGCCCAAACGGGAGAGGAACCCCUCGCCGCCCAAUCCCCCUGACCACGACCCUCUCUGGAUCCCACCUCAGCAUCCUCACGGCAGCCGCCAGCCCAACUGGCCAGAUCCGCUCGAUCCGUUCAAUAUCGGCAGACAAGAUCUGGAUCCUUUGGCAGGCCGGGGUGGAGGAAUGAUCUUCGAUCCGCUUCGAUCGGGAUUUCGAAAUCCUGUCCUGGACCCCUCUUCUGGGCUCCCCAGCAGACUUCCCCCUGGUUCUGUUCCUCCAGGGGCCCGGUUUGACCCGUUUGGACCCCCAGGGGCCCACCGGCCUAGGCCUAAUCCCGACCACCUUCGCCCUCCGGACUAUGACGAUAUGUUCAUGUGACGACUGCCAAGAUUCCGCAUCUCUUUCCUGGCGUCUCGACGCUUAUCCAGAUGUGGAGCAGAGUUUGGCCUUUUCUGCAGUGAUUUUCUGCCCCGGCCCGCCGGUUUUGCUCCCCGUCCUAUAAAAACCAAAGAGAAAAAAAGGGCACCCCAUUUUUCUUUCAGCCUCUAGCCUUUUUCUCUUUCUCCCUCCGGCAUUUACGUUCGAUCCAUCCGGGACGCAAAUUUGUACUCUGCUGUGUAGUCCCAAGAAUCCGCGGUGUUUAAAAGUCUAGAACCGUUUUCAAAAGCAGUGAGGUUCAAUGCCAGAACCUCAGCUGAAGUUUCGGUCCGUAUCAGGACGGUUAACCAGGUUUAAUCUCAAACCCAAUUUGUAACGAAAGGUGAUCGAGCUGCAGGAGGGUAGGUCAACCGCCAAUAUCUUUCUUGUCCCGCGUUUUCAGAUCCUUCCAAUUGAUCGCGGAAAUGAACGGCCCUCCCGUACGAGGAGCUUUGUUACGUGCCGCCCAAAUUUUGGUGGCGAUGUGAUCUAGCAAACUGUCGCCCUUUUCUUCACUUCCAACCCCCUUAAGUUUCCUCACCCUUGCCCCAAAUUCAUGGAAUAUGGAGAUACUGAAAUGAGAACUUGGAAAGACUGAGGUGAUUUAACAGCUAAUGGGCGGUAUUUGGGCCAAGGCUGCCAGCCGCCGACUGUUGUUUUGGGGAGUUGAGAGGCUUGUUCAAAGAACUGCUUUAGUGAGGAGAGAUCUCUGAGCCUAUCACCACCACCUCAUCUUCAAACACAACACAACCACACAUGUCUACAUCCCCAAAGAUGGCUCAAUCGAACUGGUUCUGCUGGUAGGCCAUGUUGUCACCUCGGUGCCCAAUUCCACUUGGAAAAUGGCUUCCUGUCACCUGACCGGUGUCUCCAUUACAGGUUGCACUUAGUUGUUGCCUUAAAAAAAACAAAAAAACCACACACAAUAAAAUGAACAACGAACCUCGCUCUG